GUCGAUUGGCGCGCGCCCUUUUUACUUGCCUAUCCAGCUGCAUUGACGCAAGUGCAUGCUGCAACAAGCCAAAAGGAAAAGGAAUUCGGAGGCGUGUUACUCUUUGAAGAACACUGCUUAUCCGUGUUAAUUCCCCUUUUUCUUUUCUCUUUUUUCUUCUCACAUCUCAUCAAAAACCUCGCCCCUGUUUGGCUACAACAAUCUUGAGCUCCGCCAGCCAUGGCGGACUUGUUCGACGUUUUCGACGAGCAGCCAGAGGCGCCGGCGGUCGAAAUCGAUCGUAACUCGUCUGAUACCAAACCCAAAAAGACUAAAAAGUCAAAGCGGGACAAGAGCAAGGACAAGAGCAAAAAGCGCAAGGCUGACGGACAUGUGAAAAACUUGGGUGCUGAAGAGACCGGCGCCGAGGCACAGCCUGAUCCUCAAGAGGACGUUGAAAUGGGUAACGGCACACAGGCCUCGACGGGUGACGCCGGCUCAGAGGACUCCACGUCGGAUGAGCAUCAAGAAACCAAGCGACGGAAGAAGGAAGGCGAGGCCGAUCCGAUCCUUACCGACACCUUCGAAACUGCACAAUCGAGACAGGUUGCCGCAGCAGAGGGCUUCGGGGCAAAGGAGGAGGAUUCACUAGUGCUCUCACACAACAUUCAGCAUCAAGUUGCCUUGCCGCCGGAUCUCGACUACGUCUAUGUUCCCCUGUCGGAGCACAAACCGCCGGAGGAGCCCGCGCGAAAGUAUGCAUUCAAGCUCGACCCCUUUCAGAGCAUAUCAGUCGCUUCGAUCGAGCGUGAUGAGAGUGUACUAGUUUCUGCCCAUACCAGUGCUGGAAAGACUGUAGUUGCCGAGUAUGCGAUUGCGCACUGCCUCAAGAGGAAUCAGAGAGUCAUCUACACGAGUCCGAUCAAGGCACUGAGCAACCAGAAAUUUCGAGACUUCCAGGCUGAGUUUGGCGAUGUUGGUUUGAUGACUGGUGAUGUCACCAUCAACCCGACCGCUAGCUGCCUUGUCAUGACAACAGAAAUUUUGCGUUCCAUGUUGUACCGCGGUUCAGAGAUCACGCGCGAGGUGGGCUGGGUUGUGUUCGACGAAAUCCACUACAUGCGCGAUGCAACCCGAGGUGUCGUGUGGGAGGAGACCAUUAUCAUGUUGCCUGACAAGGUCCGCUACGUUUUCCUGUCGGCCACAAUCCCAAAUGCCUUCCAAUUUGCCGAAUGGAUAGCCAAGAUUCACCGACAGGCCUGUCACGUCGUAUACACCGAUUUCCGUCCGACCCCCCUCCAGAACUACUGUUUCCCCGCCGGAGGAGAUGGUAUCUACAUCAUGGUUGAUGAAAAGGGCGUGUUCAGAGAGAAGAAAUUUAUGGAAGCCAUUGCAUCGAUCUCAGAGAAAAAUGACGACGACGACUCUAUGCCGCGCCAGAAGGGUAAGGGCAAGAACAAGAAGGCCGUCAAGAAUACCGCACCGGACAGCAAGGCAGAUAUUACCAAGAUCAUUAAAAUGAUCAUGAGGAGAGCCUUCCACCCGGUCAUCGUCUUCAACUUCAGCAAGCGCGAAUGUGAGAACCUUGCACUCAAGGUGUCAACACUGAACUUCAACCAUGAGUCAGAACAAAAGCUUGUCGAGGAUAUUUUCAGGAACGCCAUUAUGUCGCUAUCUGAAGAGGACCAAGGCCUUCCUCAAAUCCAGCACCUGCUUCCUCUUCUCAAGAAAGGUAUCGGUGUCCAUCACUCUGGUCUCCUGCCCAUUCUGAAGGAGACCAUCGAGAUCCUCUUCCAGGAAAAUCUUAUCAAGGUUCUUUUUGCAACAGAAACCUUCUCAAUCGGGUUGAAUAUGCCGGCCAAGACUGUCGUUUUCAGCCAAGUCAAGAAGUUUGACGGUGUCAAGGAGAGGCCACUUACACCAUCAGAGUACAUCCAGAUGUCUGGUCGAGCCGGUCGUCGUGGUCUUGACGAUCGUGGUAUUGUCAUCAUGAUGAUCGACGAUAAGCUUGAUCCCGAAACGGCCAAGGGUAUGGUUUGCGGUCAACAGGAUCGUCUAAACUCGGCCUUCCACCUGGGAUACAACAUGAUCCUGAACUUGCAGCGUAUCGAAACCGUAUCCCCAGAGUACAUGCUGGAGAGGUGUUUCUAUCAAUUCCAAAACGCUUCCAGUGUGCCAGCAUUGGAAAAGAAGCUGAUCGAGUUGCAGCAACAACGUGACGGCAUGGUAAUACCUGAUGAGGCAACCGUCAAAGAUUACCACACCGUCCGGCAACAGAUCGAAUCGUACAAGAAGGACAUGGAGGCCGUGAUACAACAUCCGAACAGCUGCUUGGAGUUCAUGCAACCUGGAAGAUUGAUCAGGAUCAAGACCCCAGACGGGGUUGACUUUGACUGGGGAGUUGUCGUCAACUUUGUGCCGCGCAAGCCUGCCAAGUUUGGCGAGGAAGAGCCGCCACCACAAGAGUCGUACCUGAUUGAUGUCGCCCUGUUCGUAUCGGAGGAUAGCAUUUCACCUGCGCCGCACGCACCUGUUUCCAAGAACAGCCACAUUGCAGAUGGUGUCGCACCAAGCAGUUCCGUGGACCAGGGCCGUUUGGAGGUUGUGCCAUGUCUCUUGACCUGCAUGGUUGCCAUCAGCCAGAUCCGCAUUUUCAUGCCGAAGGAGCUCGAUCACCUGGGCAAGUCGCAGGUCAGCCAUGGCUUGGUAGAGGUCCAGCGCAGGUUCCCAGACGGAGUACCAAUUUUGGAUCCUAUUGAGAACAUGGGAAUAAAAGAUGAUUCUUUCAAGAAGCUUAUGCGCAAGAUCGAGGUUCUUGAGUCGCGCCUGCUCUCCAACCCUCUCCAUGGCUCACCAAAUCUGCCGGAGUUAUGGGACAAGUACAAGAUCAAGACAGAGUUGACUUCGCAGAUCAAAGAGACCAAGAGAGCCAUCAACAAGUCAUAUAGUAUCGCACAGCUCGAUGAGCUCAAAUCGCGCAUGAGAGUUCUCCGGCGACUGAACUUCAUCAACGAGAACGAGGUGGUGCAGAUGAAGGCUCGUGUUGCUUGCGAAAUCUCGUCAACGGAAGGUCACGAACUGGUUAUUUCAGAGUUGCUGUUCAACGGUUUCUUCAACGAAUUGGAGCCAGAAGUCUGUGCUGCCAUCUUGAGCUGCUUUGUAUUUGAUGAGAAGAUGGAGGGCACGCCAUUGAAAGAGGAUCUUGACAAGCUGGUUCGCGAGAUCCAUGCACAGGCCAAGACGAUUGCUCGCAUCAGUCGCGAGAGUAAACUGGAUGUCAGCGACGAACAGGUUGUUGGAAGUCUCAAAUGGCAGCUUACAGAAACUGUUUUGGCAUGGGCCAAAGGCAGACCCUUCGCGGAAAUCUGCAAAAUGACAAACGCUUACGAGGGCUCCUUGGUGCGUAUCAUGCGUCGCCUCGAAGAGCUGUUGCGGCAGAUGGCGGAAGCAGGCAAGGUCAUGGGUAGCGAAAUGUUGCAGAAGAAGUUUGAGAAGGCUCUCUCGCUGAUAUCACGCGAUGUGGUCUCAGCUGCCAGUCUCUACUUGUGAUAGCAACUCGAAACUCUCUGAAAAGCGAUCGUGUCUGUUGAGGGCAACAGUUUAAUAGGUUGGAGUUAUGGCGUUUUGUAGCUUGGCGCUGGCAUCUACCAAAAUCUAGCAACGUGUUUUACCGUAAACAUACGGCCUUGAUUUGUAGCCUGUCGUAUUGUGUUGUGAUAAGUAUAAUGGUUCUGUUACUCAAGUUUUUCCACGUAGUAAGAUAUUGAUGGAUUUAUAAUACAAUCCCAUGAUACCCGCCUUUUGCCCGGAUACAAAUGUAGGUAAAUACAACGAUGCCGUCAGUUUGCAGACGAACCCAGAGACGAAUAUGCUACAACAGUCCCAAAACGCCACGCGCCGCUUCCAAUGACCCAUCACUAUCAUGCAUGCUCACCCGAAAUCGACCUAAUCAACCCAAUGAUAAGACUCAAGAGACAGCCAAAACUGAUAAACACCUUCCACCUGCGACUAUAAAGCCCCUCCUCGCGCACGAGCCAACCGAAAGCACCCAGCGGCCAGACGAAGCCGAUGAGCAUGCCUCUGAGCAUGACGUCCACAAAGCCGUUAAUGCCAACCUCGUCCCCGCCAUCGCCACCCGCUGUGCCGUCAGCAUCACCUCCUCCGCCGUAGCUGCCGAUCCCGCUACCGCCUGCACCGGUGCCCUGGUUGUUGUCCAUCCACGCGUCCUCCAUGCUGCGCAAAGUAUCGGGAGAAGGCAUCGUAUCUGGUGUGUGGCGCGAGGCUUGGAUGGAGCGGAACUGCAGUCGAAGCUGGUUCACUUCUGCGUGGCUAAAUCCGGCGGACAGCAGCCGAUCAAAUCCCCGCGGCCCACGCUGCUGCUGCUGCUGCUGCUGGGCCCCGGGCCCGUGGGAAGCAUCACGAAGCAAGCCGGUGCGCUCGCCAACAGGGGA